AUGGACGGCAGCACGGCUGGGUGCAAACAUGACAAGGGCGGGACCCACCUGGGCACCGAUCCACGGCAAACCUUCGCGACUACUCCGCCCAACAAUUCCCGACAUCAGGUCCCCACCCUUCCCUAUAAGAAUAAGUCGCCAGUUCCCAACCUUGACGCGACUGCGCUUGGCGUUCAUCUUUCCAGCCGCAACCUCCGACGACUUGCGAUCAUCCCUUGUCUGCCCAAUCACCGUGUUGUCUCACUGAGCUCUGCUUUUGCCAACAGCGCCGACGCCAACAUGUCUCUUGACUUGGAGCGCCACUUGGUCUUUUACGGCUCCUACCACAAUAAUGUCGUCAACAUCGGGAUACACAUGUGCUGCGUGCCAAUCAUACUGAUGACGAGCUUCCUGCUGGCUGCGAAUUCCGGCGUCCUACUCCAACUGCCGCCGUCCCUCUCGCUCGAGUACCUUCCCUUGAACAUGUGCACGAUCGGAGGCAUUAUCUGGGGCGGAUUCUACGUCCUGAUGGAGCCGGUAACCGGCAGCCUGCUCUGCGCUAUCUGCUUGGGAAUGGCCGCGGCGGACAACUACUUCUACUCCGUCGAUGCGAAAACGUCGACGAUGAUCGCAGGAGGUAUCUUCGCCGUGGCAUGGAUCCUGCAGUUCGUGGGCCAUGGAAAGUUCGAGGGCCGCGCUCCGGCUCUGCUCGACAACCUCAUGCAAGCGCUGCUUCUUGCGCCGCUUUUUGUCUGGCUGGAGCUGCUGUUCUACUUUGGCUACCGGAAGGAGCUCAAGGAACGCGUUGACAAGCAAGUCGAGAAGAACAUCGCGAAGUUCAGGGCUGAGCGGGCGGAUAAGAAUGGAAAGGCACAAUAG